CUAGAAUACACAAACUGCAGAAGAGACGAGAUCGUGAAGCUACAACCAUGUUGACAACGAAGUCUCCGUACGAUACUUCGUGUACGAGCAGUUACUCGAUGCCCAACAUGAACAGCAUGGGCUCGAUGGGAACCAUGUCGACCAUGUCAGCGAUGGGGAAUAUGACCGGCUACUCGACCCACGGAAUGGGAUCCAUGGGUGGCAUGGGCUCCUCAAUGGGAUCCAUGGGCAUGUCUUCGAUGGGCAUGUCGGGAAUGUCCGGAAUGAAUACGAUGAACUCUAUGGGAACGAUGAACGGAAUCGGCAGCCCGAUGCCCUCUACUAUGGGCAGCAUGAACGGUAUGAACUCUGGUGGCAGCAUGUCUCCCAUGUCCAUGGACUAUAACCGUGCCCAGGCUAUCAACAGAGCCCGCGAGAAGACCUAUCGAAGGAGUUACACUCACGCCAAGCCACCGUAUUCGUACAUCUCUCUCAUCACGAUGGCAAUUCAACAGGCGCCAAGUAAGAUGUGUACGCUGAGCGAAAUCUAUCAGUUCAUCAUGGAUCUGUUCCCUUUCUACCGUCAGAAUCAACAGAGGUGGCAAAACUCUAUAAGACACAGCUUGUCUUUCAAUGACUGUUUUGUGAAAGUCCCUCGUACGCCGGACCGACCCGGUAAAGGCAGUUACUGGACGCUUCAUCCGGAUUCAGGGAAUAUGUUCGAGAACGGUUGCUAUCUCCGCAGACAGAAGCGGUUCAAAUGUGCGAAAAAGGACCAGUUGCGACAGUCUCAACGGGACGGGGACGACGGCUCGCGGUCUUGCUCGCCGUGUCACAGUGAGACAUCCAACCAAGAUCACACGCCGACCAGUAACCCGCUACAGGAGGACAACCACAACCAUCACAACCGUCACAACUCCGUACAGCCGAAACAGGAGCCGCUUUCGCACAGUCCUAUCCACCACCAGCAGCCUAGUCACAACCCACACUCAGUCUCGGACGUCUCCGGUCUCCAGUCCCUCACCCGGCCGGACGUCUCCGGUCUCCAGUCCCUCGCCCGGCCGGACGUCACCGGUCUCCAGUCGCUCUCCCGGCCGUUAUCUCACGACACAACCCAGGCCCUGCUCAGCCAUCACCACCACGGACAGUAUAAUCACGGACCUCAUUUUAACCAUCCGUUCUCUAUCACGAACCUCAUGUCAUCAGAGAACAAACUGGACUUAAAAAUGUAUGAAUCCAUGCAGGCAAACUAUGGCAAUUACAACCAACUUUCGCCGGUGCAUGCUCCAAUUCAGAAGGACCCUUCAUCGAUAAAUGACUACUAUAAGGCCUAUACACCUCAUACGGUACCAACGGCCAGUUUAUAACAUUUGGACAGUGAAAAUUCUACAGGAAUCCAAAAUUGACAAAAUGUGAAUUUGUGACUUGGUGUGUUAAAGUGUAUUCAACGAGUCCGUGCUUGUGCAUGGUCUGGUUCAUGACAAACUGGCCAUUCCCCGGCCAUUUGGAUACGCCGUGAACUUUUGGACUUUCUCUCAGGUUCGACACGGGACGAGUGGGAUGUCCUCGCCACUGGGACUGUCAUUGGUAUGUAUGCCAGUACAUCCUUAAAACGCCCCGCGUUUUUCACCAAAAUGCUCCGUCUUACGAGAUUGUUUUGAAUGCGAGAUCUGCGUCUUUUUUCAUUUUCAAAAUGAAAAACACAAUCAGAAUCCCACUCCAUGUAUUGGUGAAGACAGUUUUUAUUGUCAGCUUUUCAGCUUAACUAAAACCAAGAGUAUAGUACAUUAACUGUACGUAAUUGAAUGUUCUCUUGCCUGUAGUAGAGAGAACACGCAUAACACACCAUGCACAGGUCGCAAAAUCUGAAAUGCAGCCCUCAAAUUGACAAAGUUUCAUGUCAACUCAGUGUUGAUAUCUCGCUGUGCCAGAACUCAUUAUUUUAAGUAACUUAUUUUACUACUGAAAAAUUGUACAUUAGAUUAUAAGAUGCCGUUGACUAUUAGAUUGUUUAGAAUAGAAAUAGGCCUAUUUUGUAUAGCAGUCUAGAAACUUGGGUACCAAGCUGACUUUCUUCUAGUCAUCUUUCUAAUGACACUCGUGUAUAUAGUUCUCCAAAGUUGGUACAAAAUCCACAAAACCGAAAAUUGAUUUGAAAUCGGCACAUAAUUAAUUACCAAUGAAUUGUCCUUAUGUGAUUCUUUACGAUUUUGUAAAUGGUUGUAUAAUGUAUAAAUAGCGGUUAAGAUGGAAAUUGUACAUUAUGAAAUGUCUUUAUAUGCUUUUUUUUUAAAGACAUUUUCCCAAGACCUAUAGAAUAUUAACCGUCAACUGGUUUUUAUCAUAGGCGAGAUGUUGAGUUAGAAAACUGUCUAAAUGAAAAUCUCCUUAUAAACCCGUAAACGACAGAGAGAAUUUUAGAAAAAAAUGCCCCAAAAUACAAAUGCCGGGUUGAGGCGCUUCGAGGGAGUUUUUCACGACACAAUGAUUCAUGUCAUGAUAUGACAUUGUUUUUGUCAUAAUCAGGCAAAAUCGAAAGACAGGGUCUUUUUCAAAAUUUUCCAUUUUCUCUCAUUCGUUUACGGGCAAUUGACUGGCCUAUUGACUGGCACACAGGCAGCAUGCUGCAUUUAUUUACAUGUAUCUUCAAAAAUCAAAACACGUGUCAAUCAAUUUUCAAUAUUAAAGUGAAGAUUAUUUUCAUUUUUAAGAAA